GUAGCAUUGAUUGAUCUUCUGGUUGGUUGUUCUUUCCGUUGGUGAAGUGAGAUCGAGGAGGCAUAUGAUCAUAUCAGAGAUCUAUGGGGAAGAAGAAGAAAAAGGACAUAAUACGUUUGGAGAGGGAAUCUGUGAUUCCCAUUGUGAAGCGCAAGAUCAUUAGUGCCUUGACCAACCGUAUUGAAGGGAGGAAUGAGAAGGAUGAGUUUGUUAAGUUGUGUCAGAGAGCAGAGUACAUGAUCAGGGCGUGGUACCUCCUCCACUUUGAGGAGAUGAUGCAGCUUUAUGCCCUCUUCGAGCCCAUCCACGGUGACCGUAAGAUAGAGCAGCACAACCUAACCCCCGAGGACGUCGACAUCUGCGAGCGCCAUUUCCUCAACUGCCUCUUUCAAGUCAUGGAACGCAGUAACUUCAAGAUCACCACUGACGGUGAGAUUGACGUAGCUCUUGCUGCCCAAUACCGCCUCAAUCUCCCCAUUGUUGUUGAUGAAUCCAAGAAAGUCAUUUCUUUGAAUCAGCUGGAUAAGAAACUAUUCACCAAGUACUUUUCCAAGCAUCCCAAGGACAACCUGCCUCACUUUGCCGACAAGUACAUCAUAUUCAGGAGAGGGUUUGGCAUUGAUCAAAUGACUGCUUACUUCAUCAAACACAAGAUCAACACCAUCAUCAUGCGGUUGUGGAUGCUCAUCCUCACCAUUACAGGGUUGAAAUGGUUGUUGUUUAGGAAGAAGAAAAAGAGACGGAGACCACAACAACCUAUAGAUGGUGAUGGAUUGUCGCGGCAGGAGGAUCCAACAACCAUUGGAGUUAACAUUGAUGACAUGGUGGAUGAAGAUGAUGAUGAAGACGAUCUUUUUGUUGAAAGAAUACGCAUUGAGAAAAUGCCACUCAGCUUCUCUAAUCUUUUUGGGAAAGUAACCAUUCAAGAGCCCACAUUUGAUAGGAUAAUCGUCGUUUAUAGGAGAGAAAGUAGCAGCGACAAGAAGGAAACAGAGAGGAAUAUGUAUGUGAAGCAUUUUAAGGGUAUUCCCAUGGCUGAUAUGGAGAUUGUCCUGCCAGAAAAGAAAAAUCCCGGGCUUACCCCAAUGGAUUGGGUGAAGUUCCUUGUAUCUGCUCUCAUUGGUCUGGCGACAGUGGUUGGUUCUUUGAGCGUGAAGAAAGUAGACAUUAGAGUGAUCUUCGCCAUCCUCACAUCAGUAGGUGGCUAUUGCGUCAAAACAUAUUUCACGUUCCAGAGCAACUUGGUGUCUUAUCAAAGUCUAAUUACUCAGUCGGUCUAUGACAAACAACUAGAUAGUGGGAGGGGCACUCUGCUUCACUUGUGCGACGAGGUCAUCCAACAAGAAGUGAAAGAGGUGAUCAUUUCCUUCUUCAUACUGAUAGAGCAGGGUGAAGCCACCCGACAGGAACUGGAUGGAAGGUGUGAGGAUCUACUCAAGGCAGAAUUUGGUGAGAACUGUAAUUUUGAUGUUGACGAUGCUCUCCAGAAGCUUGAGAAACUCAAAAUCGACGACAAUGGAAAGUAUAGGUGCGUGGGAUUGAGGGAAGCUAAUGAUAUCAUAGGCACAACCACCGAGGAGGUGGUUCUCAAGGCUACAGGCGGUGUUGCUGCUUCUACUACUGAUGCCACCACCACCACCAAUCUUCUCGACUAUUAACCCCCGCUCUUCCCCUGAUGGAUGCCUGUUGAAAGCAAAUUAAUUACAUCAUGAUGUCAGGAAAUGAUUUGAAGUCAUGCCAUCCCUCUAGACAAACCAAAAUAGCUACACCAAAUUUUUUAAAAAGUUACGGAAAAGCAUGAAGCAAAAUCUUUAAUCCAUCUUGAGAAUCUAAAUACAGUAAUUCUAUCACCUUAGAUUUUUUUGUCCUAACAAAAAUGCAAAAUAUAAUGUCAAAAUAACUUGGGUUUAAAAUGAUUAUCUUACCUCAAGACAUGGAAUACUCAAAUGGGAAGUUACACAAAAAGACCCAGUCACUUCCCACUACCACAUUGACCCUUGUGGUGCUUUUUUAGUAUUUCCAAUUGCUUCAGCUUCUCAAGAACAUGCUUCAUAGAUGGACGCACAGAAAGCCACUCUAUAUUGCUUGCUGAAGCUUCCCUCUGUAAGUCUCCUUAGGCCCAGUUUCCAAGUGCCCGACAGAGAAGAGUUCAGAAGAUCAUCCCUCAUUUAUCAACAUCUUGGCCCACACCAAAUUGGUGAAGCCAUUUUGAUACUCAAAGAGUGAUGGAUCAAGUGAUUUCUUCCAUGAUAUCAAUUCCAACAAAGAACCAUACCAAAGUUGUAAAUCCUGCAUGUGGUUUCCUAUUAUGUUCUCUGUGCCGGUCGGAAGAAAUGCUGCCUAUGAAGUUCAUUUAUCCCACCAACUUGUUAAUGCUGUCUCACUUAAUGCAGGCAUAACAGUCGCCCAUUGUACUUAAAAGUUAUCAUCACCACAAUGAGACUCUACUGUGAUAACCUCUUUCUCCCAACCAUCAACCAAUAUUAUACACGUUACAAUGAAACCACGAAAACUCCUUAAAGGCCUUAAGAUACAGAGAAACAAAACAGUUGUUCAACUAGAAUACAUGAGAAGAGG